GUCUUGUCUCUCAAACUUCAGUCUCAGCCCAACUCUGUCCCAUCAUUCUCAUCCCCCAAAUGGAUCAGCCAAUACAGGCCCAUCUUCCCAACGCGGAACUGAGAGCACCACCACCACAGCAUGUCCCUGCAUCGCGCUCAACUUCCGAAACACACUUCGCGCUGCAACACCAUCGCCCAUCAAACGCCACCACGCCAGCAUCGGACGUGUACCAGCCCCACCGGAAGCUGGGGAUCCCAUGGUGGAAACCUUGGGAGAAGCUCCAGACCCCAGCCGUCCCAGACCCAUGGAUCUUGAGGAAGCAGGUCGUUGGCAUCGUCCUCGGCCUGUCGGCUUGGGCGUUCUACGUCGGUGUUGCGAGGGUGUGCGCCCCAGCCAUUCGAGAGUGGCCCAAUGCUGGAUUUAGCAGGGCGGCAGGAAUUGGCACCUUGGUGGCAUUUGUUGUCCUUUGGCUCAUGUUCAUGUGGUCUUACAUCGUUGGUUUGCUGCCGAUCCUCCAACGUCGGACUCCUCUGGUCCAAAACGGGUUCCCCGGCCAAUUCCUCCUAUUCCAACAGGCCCACGAUACUGUCGGCAUUGCAACAUCAUCAAGCCUGAGAGGACUCAUCACUGUCGGCACUGUGCCCGUUGCGUUCUUCAGUUUGAUCACCACUGCUUGUGGAUCGGCCAAUGUCUUCUUGACUUUCAACUUUUGGGCGGGUCUGUUCUGCCUGUACAACACGAUUCUCCUCAUUGUCCACACUGUCAAAACGCCAAAGAUCGAUGCCCAACAGGUUGCGCUGAUUGCCAUCUCUGGUUUCCUAUUCAUCUUCACACUCGGGAUGCUCUUCCCUACCCACGUUGUUCUCAUUCUAUCGGGCAAGUCCACAAUCGAAUCCUUUCAAGACAACGGACAGCGUCAACGGGAGAACGCCGCCCUGGCUGAGCACCUGGGUGGAAACUGCAACGUCAGGGAGAGGCGAGGUGUCAUCAAACAAUGGGAUGCCGAAUGGGGAGGGGUUAACCCGACCGACCGUUGGGCGUUUGGGACCAAGUCUCAGAUGUGGAAGAGGGAGAUGGGUGACAAGUGGAUUGGGUGGAUCCUCCCGAUUGGCAAACCUCAAGGCGACGGGGUUCACUUCGAGUCGAAUCCUCGGUUUGGGCCGAAUGGGGAAUGGCUGCCAAAGCAGCACUGGCCAAAGGUUGUGGCGAUAUAAUAGUCUUAAAGGCAUUCACUAGUCUUAUCAUGUUGCCACACUAUGUAUA